AUGGAUUUAAAUACAUCUUUUGUGUUGAAUGUGAGAAGAAAAACAAGCAGAAGGUUGGAUGACAGUGGUAAAAAAGCAUAUGUUGGUUGUUAUGAAUUUCACGUGGGUGCUGAUGUUACCUGGACUUUGGAACAGUUUAGCAAGGCUAUAUGUGAUCAGCAUGCUUGGAAUGUUGAUGAUGAGGUACAAUUCAGUUACUUUGACAAGUUUGAGAAUAAAUCUAUGAAAAUUAAGAGUGAUUUGGAUUUAUCUCUGAUGUUUGCUAUGCAUCUUGGAGAAAGGUCUGUUGUUGUCCAAAAUGAUGUGGUUAUUGGAGGAAGGGCUAAUCAGUCAAUACGCUCUCAACCAUCUUGUAGCCAAAGCCAUCCAGUGUUGACACUGGACUAUGAUGUACCUGAUGAGGUUGUUUAUGAUAAUGAGGAUGAGAGGUUGUAUCCAGAUUUGGUUAAAAGCCAUCCAACAUUAUUACUAGAUAACAGACCUGCACAAUUUGUGGACACUGACCAAGAAGAGGAAGAGGAGAACAUUGACAUGGGGAUGUCUGGGCAUGAAGAUGAUGAGGACAGACCAGUGAUCGAUUAUGACAAGGACAAUCCUUCCCUAGCAGAAGGCACCAUAUUUCCAUCGAUGGUUGAUUGUCGAAAUGCACUCGCUACUUAUUGCAUUAAGGGUGAAUAUGACUUUGAAAUUGAUAAAAGUGAGCCAAGUAGGUUGAGAGUGCACUGCACAUAUGAAAGGUGUAGAUGGAGGAUGCAUGCCUCAAAGAUGCGAGAUAGCACACUCAUUCAGGUCAAAGUGAACCCUUUUCCUCACACAUGUCCAAGUGUUGAAAGAAAAGAGACUUUGAAGAUAGCUAAGAGCAGGUGGUGCGCUGAUGUAAUGUUGGAUUGGGUGAGAGACAACCCAUGUAUUGGUCCAACUGCAUUGAUAAAGAAGAUACAUGAGAAGUAUGGAAUGAAGGUGCCUUACAUGAGAGUGUUUUAUGGUAAGGAAAUGGCUCUAGACAAGAUUUAUGGUCCAUGGAAGGAUAGUUUUAAGUUGAUGUACACUUUCAAAGCCGAAGUGGAGAAAGCAUGUCCAGGAAGUGUUGUAGAGAUUGACAAGCACACUGUGCAGUACAAAGUGAGGAAGAUGAUUAUGGAGAAGGAAUGCUUUAGAAGGGUUUUUGUUUCAUUUAAGGCUUGUUGGAAGGGCUUUUUAGAUGGUUGUAGACCAUAUUUAGCAGUGGAUGCAACUGCUUUGAAUGGAAGAUUUAGAGGACAAUUAGUAGCUGCUUGUGCCAUUGAUGCACACAAUUGGCUCUUUCCAGUUGCAUAUGGGGUGCUAGAGGCUGAAUCAGAAGAGAGCUGGAAAUGGUUUCUACAGAAUUUGCGAGUGGUUAUAGGUAUUCCACAUGGAUUGGUGAUACACACAGAUGCAUGUAAGGGUCUAGAAACUGCAGUUGAGGAGGUGUUCCCUGGAGUGGAGCAUAGGGAAUGCAUGCGUCACCUUGCAGCUAAUUUUGGCAAGAUCUUUAAAGGAAAGAUGUACGAUGACAACCUGUGGCCUGCAUCACUAACCUACAGCCUCAAGAAGCAUAAUUAUCACUUGAGCCAAUUGCACGCAGCGAAUCCAAAGGUGAAGGAUUGGUUCAAAAAGAGUCAUUCGAAGUUAUGGAUGCGAAGCAAAUUCAAUGAAGUAUGUAAGGUAGAAUAUGUGAAUAACAACCUUGCAGAGUCUUUCAAUGCAAAAGUUAGAAAAAUCAAAGGGCUUCAUUUGGUGGAAAUGUUGGACAAGAUUAGGCAGAUGCUUAUGGAAAAGUUUGAGUUACGUCAGAGAAUUUCAGCUGCAAAGUUUGUUGGCCACAAAAUAAUCCCUUCUGUGAUGAAGAAAUUGCUUACGAAAACAAGGGGUUUGAAGAUGAAAAUGAUAAAGCGUACGCCAUUUGAGGCAGAGGUGACAGCAUACGACAGAGAAAAGAGGGAAUGGAGGUACCCAGUGAACUUAGAGAAGAGGACAUGUAGUUGUAGGCAAUGGGAGAUUACUGGCUUGCCAUGUAUCCAUGCCCUCUUCUUCAUUACCUCUCUUCGUGGUCCAGCUGCUGAAAUCGACCAAUAUGUGGAUGAUUACUUCUCUGUCACCAAGUUUAAUGCAACAUACGCUGAUAAUGUGCCUUGUAUUGAGUCACAACACCAGUGGGACAUAGUCGAUCCAGGAUUUGUGCUCCACGCUCCAGUACAGAGUAGAGCACCAGGGAGGCCAAGGAAGACUAGAAUAAGAUCAAGUGCAGAGGGCACUGGACUUGGCCCUAGGAGGCGGAAAUGUAAAAGAUGUGGAGAGUUCGGUCAUUUUGCUAGCAAAUGCAAAAAUGCCGUGGAUGCGGCUUUCGGAGAAGAUCAACAUUGGGGUGCAGAAAAUUCAGAAGUGCCGCCAUCCAAUGUCAUUGUAACCAGGGAAAAUAGUCCCCCUACCAUGCGCCGUCAAGCGCCACAAGCGCCGUCAUUCAAUGUCAUUGUAACUAGGUAAUGGUGGUAUAAUGUCGCUUAUGUACUAGUCUUGAAAUUGUUCUCAUCGUUAACCUUUGGUUUGUUGAACAGGGAAAAUAGUCCUCCUAGCAUGCAAAUUGAAGAAGUGCCACAAGCGCCGCCAUUCAAUGUCAUUGUAACUAGGUAAUGGUUGUAUAAUGUCGCUUAUGUACUAGUCUUGAAAUUGUUCUCAUCGUUAACCUUUGGUUUGUUGAACAGGGAAAAUAGUCCUCCUAGCAUGCAAAUUGAAGAAGUGCCACAAGCGCCGCCAUUCAAUGUCAUUGUAACUAGGGAAAAUAGUCCUGCUAGCAUGCAAAUUGAAGAAGUUCCACAAGGAGAAGAGAAGGAAGAGGAGGAAAUCAGUCCACCUAAGGAGAAGAGAGGGAAGAGGAGGAAAAAGAGUAAAAUUGAAGAUAGUCCAGCAAAUAACACAAGGAGCAAGCGACUUAACAUAGCAAGGAAGACUAAGAGCAUGAAACAACUUCUUAUGUAGCAUGGGUUGUAUUCAGCUGUCACUUCUUCUAGUUAUGCACUUCUUCUAGUUAUGAACUGGUAUCUUGCUGUAAUGCUGCUGUAAUGGUGCUGUAAUGCUGCUGUUUAUGAAUAAUGAACUGGUAUCUUGCUGUAA